GUUUAUGGUCAAAGGGGGCUUAUCUCAGCAGUAGUAUAAAACAGGAGUGCUUGCAGAGGCUUGCCGUGGACAUGCUGCCCCAGCAUUGAGCCUCCAAACCCCAUCUCUCUUUCUCUCUUCUUCUCCUUUUUCUACAUCACCAUCAACUCUUCCAGUCAACCAUGGGAGUUGCCUACAGCGUUGGAGAGGUUGACCACCUCUACACCUUCUUUGUGCAAUGGUCACCAGAUGUGUACACCAACAGCAACAAAAAGAAGAGCAAAACCCACUUUAUUCGGGAGAAACAUCAAAAUCGGUAUCUUGGCAAGAACAACAAAAUGGCUUCAAAAAAUAAACAGCUAAACAGCCAUGCAGCAACAAACUGGGAGAUUAUCAGUGUAAAAGACCCUAAGCGCCGUUUGAGUGUGUGCAGCUCUGACUCUGAAACAGAGGAACCUGAGUACCAGGGGGAAGUUGGUGUUGUUCUACCUGUCCUGAGUGACUACAGUGAGCUCCUGGAUCACAGACACCUGCUCAGUCUUGCAUCUCACAUGCCAGCAAGGACACAAGGCUAUCCAUGGCAAUUGGUCUACAGCACUGCCGUCCAUGGGAGCAGCCUGAAGACACUUUACAGAAAUAUGGCCGGUUUAGACAGUCCGGUGUUGUUGGUCAUCAAAGACAUGCAGAAAAAGGUGUUCGGAGCUUUUUCAUCAGAUCCGUUUAGAGUCAGCAAAUAUUGCUAUGGCACAGGAGAAACUUUCCUUUUCAGCUUCAACCCCGACUUCCAGGCUUAUAAGUGGACUGGAGAGAACUCCUACUUUGUGAGCGGGAACUUUGAGUCUCUUCAGAUUGGAGGUGGAGGGGGAGAAUUUGGCCUAUGGAUUGAUGCUGAUCUGUACCGUGGUUCCAGUUUUUCAUGUCCCACCUUCCACAACGCUCCGCUCUCCACACAGAAGGACUUCAUCAUACAAGACCUUGAGGUCUGGACAGUACAAAACUGAACAAGGACAUCUGAACAUAGAAAAUCUAAUUAGAGCAAUGAGUAUGGAUGCCUCCACCACCACUGCUGUGUGCAGCUUGCAGUAGCUAAACAUGUAGGUGGCACCGAAUGAUGCCUGUUAUACUGGUGUUUGCGAGGUUAUUUCUGCUAAAAGAUGAGGGGUUGCAUAAAAUCCUGUGAUACGUGGCAUUGUUGCCUUAAACUACUGCCUACCAUCAACAGCCAACGCUAAGCUGUAAGCCUUCCAUGCCCUCCUUUUGUUUUGGAGAGCAUUACAAUUCAAAGUUUGUAAUAAACUUGUUGGAUAAGAAUUUUUUGUGAAAAAAAAGCACCUUUUAGGAUUAAAGACAAAUUCUAAAUAUGUUUUAAUGUUUUAACAGGCAUGUGUGCUUGGAACUUGUUAGACUGUGUUUACAUAUGAGCCUAUUGAUUGUUUAGCACAUACAAUCACAUAACCCUCCAAGGGAAAUGUUGAUGCAUGGUAUAACCACUGUAUGGAUGAUACUGUGACUAAUAGGCUGGUUCUGAUAAGUAUUAGCACCAAUUUCCUUUUAAAAACUUCAGGUGCUGGUGAAAACCUAAAAAAGUCAGGUUAAGAAAUACGUGGCCACAGUUUAACAACGACAGUUUAUUAUCUGUGAUGCGUGCCAUUUGUACAAGUACUUGCACUCUUGACAGUAAGGCGUCCUAUUUUUCUAUCAGCAGUUUCAUAUUUGCACAAUGCUGUAUGUUUGUUGUGUUUAAAAUACUGGCAAAACAGUUCA